AUGAAAGAGAUCAUCAUAAAUAGAGUAAAAUUUUUAGACUUGGUAGGAGAAAGAUAUUUCGUGUUACCUCAAUUUCAGCACAAUAAAAAAUUGUUUGGAGUUAGUAAAAAACGGAAACUUGAUCAACAAAAAUAUUUUGCUGGUGAUAUAAUUUUAAAAAAAGGUAAUGAAGAUAAUGAUUUUUCGGAAAUUAUCGAUGGUCAACAAAGAUUAGUCACUGCAUUUAUUUUACUUCAUGUAAUUUAUGAGAAAUUGAAGAAUCCUAGUAUUGAGAAAAUUCUUUUUUUAGAAAAUGAAAACCAAGAAAAGGAAAUCAGAAUAAGUUUGAAUAACAAAUAUGACAAACAAGAAUUUGAAAAGGCAUUAGGUCUUUUGCAAGUUAAUAAACUGAUGAAAAAGAAAGGAAGGAAGAGGAAACCUGGGAAUAUUUUAAGAGCGAAAGGAUUUUUUACAAAAUUUCUCGAAACAGAAACUAAAUAUAAUUUACAAGAAAUUUAUGAGGUCGUAACUAAAAACUUCUACUUCGCACUAGUAGAAAUUCCUCAUAAUGACAAGGUUCAAGAACUUUUCACAGCUCUAAAUAAUACAGGAUUAAAUUUAAGUAAUUCUGAUCUCUUAAAAAAAAAACCCACUGAUGAGAAACGAAAUAUUAAACCGACUAAACUCAGCAUAUACGACCUUUUUGAAAGUGAAGUUACAGACGAGAAUAAAGCAUCUGAAAUACUUAGCAUGCUUACUAAUUAUGCUGAGGUUUAUAAAAAUAUAAAAGACCCCGAUAAAAAAGACUCAGAAGAAGAAAAAAAGUUAGUGAUGAAAGAACUAGAAACCACUCUGUACUUUAUUUUCAGAUUAAUAACAGUAAAAGGGAAAUCUCCGGGAGAUAUUCCCCGUUUUGUCCCUUCAAUAAUUGAAGAAAUUGCUGUAAAUAAAAAACUGUUUAAUAGCGAUUUGAAAAAGGAUUGGUUGGAAAAGGAAUUUUCAGACGAUGGUAGGAAAAAAUUUUAUGAUGAACUUUUAACUUACUCAACGAAAAGAAAUAAAAUUUGGGAGUUCGUCCUAAAAACUUACUAUUCUAGAAAGUUUCAAAACAUAUUGAAAUUUGAAUCAGCAGAAAGUUCUACUAUGGACCUAAAACAAUUUAAAUGCUUUAACUUAGCGAAAUUAGUCGCUGCUCAAUUAGAAUAUGACUAUCAGCCGGAAAACGAACAUUUUUGCGGCAAAAAAAGGAGAUAUUUUAUUAGCCGUGGUAGAUGGCAUGCUGACCGAGGGAUUACUGAAUUUUUUGCUGAAUUCGCUGGACGAGAAAAGUUUUUAGAAAUUGCAAAUCUGGCGGUUGAUCCAGAAUUAGAAAAACUCUGCCGACCAAAUAAAGAAGCAGUUCAAAAAUUUUUAGAAUAUUAUUAUAAUUCAGAAAAAGAUACUGAAAAACUAUCUGAAAACAUUUUCCAAGUUGGCAGUAACAAAAUUACCGAUGAUUUAGCCCAAGAACUACAAAACAUUGAUAAUCCCUACAAUCCCGCUCGAAUUAUUUAUUAUUGCGGUUGA